CUGAAGCAAGCCUGAAGGCAGCAGUGCAAGAACUGUUGCCAGUCGUGGAUUUCCAAAGAUGCAGCAUUCACGACUUCCGCCGCAAGCUUGAAGAGCACCUGCAAGUCACAGCUGGCAGUUUGGAACCCCAUGCGCAGGAAGUUCGAAGCAUUCUGGAAGAGUGUUUGCAAAAUGCCAUGGCCCAAAAGGCAAGCAUGGCUCAGCAAUCCACUGACUGCGACAUGGGCGUGGAAGAUGUCAGCAAAUCCAAAAGAGCCUAUUUGGUCACUUUGCCCCACACAGAGGCAGAGACCAGUGCUGAUGGUCACAGGCUUGUGCCCCCAAGGAAUUUCACACCUCAACAGAUUGGAGCCUGCUUUCAUGCUGCUUUGACAGCAACACAAGCGGGUCGACAGGCCCCAUUGGCUUUCCUUCUCCUCUCUGUCUUCUUGGAAAGGCACAACAACGGGGAAGUUCAUUACCAUGUGGCUUUACUUGCUGACAGGUGCUUCAGGUUCAUGCCGCUGAAGCGCGAGCUUCUCCGUGCGAAUGGUUUGGCUUCACAUUGGUCAUGCAGCCAUGACGGCUAUUCCUCCUGCGUAGCAUAUUGCUACUUGCCAUCCCCUACGAAACCCAUGGAGGAGCUGGAUCCACAUCCAUGGUUAUGGGCGGCAAAUAAUGCAACACACCCGCCACUGGCAGAGGCGAGCCAAGCCCCCGUCACCAGCAACGCCUGGGCCAAAAGGCGAGAGCGGGACAGGCUGCAACGCCAUGCCAGUGGAAAAGGGGACAAGCGACCCGAUGCCGGGGAGCGCCUCAUGGCCUAUGCCAAGAGGUGUGGUGGGCCCAUGAUGGUGGAUUUUUGCUUCCACAAUUGGGACCGGUUGCAAGCCAUCGUUGAGAAAAGCUGGAAGGUUCAGCAUGUCGAGGACUACAUUGCCUUCCAAGCCAAGACGCGGUGGCAAGUCUUGCAGGAUGCGCAAGACAAUGCUUGCACUUGCAAUGGUGCUUGGGCUGGCCAUGCGCAGCAAAUCUUGCAGCAGAAUGGCAUCCAAGAGGCACAGUGGUGUCAAGCCAUGGCCACUGCCUUGAAAGAUGGUCGGGCCAAAGGCGCCCUUGUCUGCCAUGCUGGAUUACAUGGCAACGAAGGAAAGUCUUUCCUUUUCAGGCCAUUGCUGAAAGUCUUUGGUCCUGACGCAGUGUUUGUGGCUCCUCCAUCCAAAAGCUCCUUCCCACUCAUGGGUUUGGAGAAAGCACGCUUGGCCUUCUUGGAUGAUUGGCGGUUCAAUGAGGAUGUCAUUCCCUACGCUUUGCAGCUGCUCUGGUUUGAAGGGGCUCCAUUUAUUAUUUCGAGGCCGCAAAACCAAUUCUCUGGGCACUUGCGGUACUCCAAGGAUGACCCUGUGUUCAUCACAACUUUGUCAGCUGACAUUACAGAACUUAAGGGAAAAAAGUUCUUGCAGCAGGGGGAUGUGGAUAUGAUGUUGAAGCGUUUGCUUGUCUUCAACUUCACAAAGCCCAUCCAGAUUCCCAAGCAUGUCAUCCAGGGAUGCGGCCACUGCUUCGCCCAUUUCCUGUUGCGGCACAUCACAGCUUCUCCCUCUCCGGUGGCAAAUGCAUCCCGUCAAGGCAGUUCUGACCAUCGCCCCGUUUCUGUUGCAGAUGCGGAGUCAUGGUCAGUUGAAGAGGUCUUGUCCUUUUUGCAUCAAAUCUCAUUGGGGCACUUGGCGCCUACAUUUCAAGAGAAUGGCGUUGAUGGCCAGAUGCUCUGCGAGCUGACCUCGGCAGAGCUGGUCGACAACUUGGGCUUGAAGCCGCUGCAAGCCAGGAAGGUGAUGAGCCGCUUAUGGGCAUAA